GCGACGCGCGGAGGGAAGAGCCGAGUUGCGGUGCUGCUGCCAGGUCCGCGCUCGGUGCACGCUUUCCGUCUCGCUGCCCGCCCAGCGUCCGUCGCCGCCGCCAUGGGAGUGCAGGUGGAGACCAUCUCCCCCGGAGACGGACGCACCUUCCCGAAGCGCGGCCAGACCUGCGUGGUGCACUACACCGGGAUGCUUGAAGAUGGAAAGAAAUUCGAUUCCUCCCGGGACAGAAACAAGCCCUUUAAGUUUAUGCUGGGGAAGCAGGAGGUGAUCCGAGGCUGGGAAGAAGGGGUUGCCCAGAUGAGUGUGGGUCAGAGGGCCAAACUGACCAUCUCCCCAGAUUAUGCCUACGGUGCCACCGGGCACCCGGGCAUCAUCCCACCUCAUGCCACUCUCGUCUUUGACGUGGAGCUUCUAAAACUGGAAUGACAGGAAUGGCCUCCUCCCCUAGUUCCCUGUUCUUGGAUCUGCCAUGAAGGGGUCUGGUGCUCCAGGCACGUGCACACGAAUCCAUCGGAGCUUUUCCUGCGGUUCCACUAAGCCCUCUGUACAAACAGCAGCCCGACUGAAUGUGUUCUGUCCCUCGGCUUUGCUUCUCACACCCCUACUUCCUCUCCCCUGCCUCUUUGUAUGUGUGGUCACCUAAAGUGUACACCAUAAACCUCAAGUGGCUCGUUUUAUUUUGUUCUCAUUUUAGGGUAAAGAUUGUUUCCGUUUUGGGUCUAGGUUUCCAAUGGAGAAGUGGUCAGGUAUCAACAGCACAGUGGUAGGUCAACUUCAGUGCAGGAGUUGGUGUUGGGUGACAGGGUUUGCAAGAGUCUUUAUUUUUAUUUUUUGGUUGGGAUUUGUAUCUAUUAUGUAUUAGGCAGCCUUGCUGCAGCACUGCCGGGGGCUGAAUGAGUCUCCCACGUGAGACACGUCCUCGGGUUAGAUUAACAUGCUGCCCAAACUGGAGUGGGGACAGGGGAGCCUUCGCCUGCACAGCCCCUGCCCAGCCUCCUGAAGCUACUCUGCCUUUGCCACCUGACCGCGUCCCUGCAAUGCUGGACACUACAGGUACCUGUCCCUGGCCAGCAGGGACCUCUGAAGCCUUCUGUGCGACCUGGCUGACUUUUUUUUCCCCUAACAUCCUGUGGUUUUUCUAGUGGAUUUUCAGAACUUUUAUAAUCUGCAAAAUAUCCAAACUCCAGCACUUGCUAAAUUUUAAUAAACUUCAGUUGAAAGUUUAAAUUGAAGGUGCUGUUUAUAGCCCAUCACCCAGCGAAAGCCCGGUCAUCACAAUACAUCCUUGAGUGUUCUGAGAAAGUGAUGCUGGUCAUCGCAGCUUCAGCAUCUCCCGGAGUUUGAUGCUUGCCUCUCUGCUGAUCUCAGCAUUCCCAGCUCUCACCCCCAUCUGCUGUCCUGUGUAGUGAUGUGGUGAGAAACUUGCAGCACCCCUUCCCUCUGGCACUACAUGUGAGUUUCCAGUUUUAUUAUUGCAAUAAAGUGCUUUAUGCUGGCUUUUCUCA